AUGAAAUCCAUCAGCUCAUCCGGACAUCUUGUGGCUAGUCUGUUCGUGCUGGUAGCACUCUGUGCGGUGUUGCUUCCGGUGCCAGGCUCCUGUCAGGUGACGUUUUCACGCGACUGGAAUGCGGGAAAGCGUUCGAUGCCAGAUUCGGCUAUUAAUGGAGUGACCGAGUGUUCCGCCAUCUGGCGUUCGGUGAACAACUUGUGUGCUGCGGUGACGAAAAACAUUCAACACUUAACGCUGUGCGAAACGCGUUCGCUGCUUAAAUCGUUGCAAACGGACGAAUCGUCAAUGGAAAGCAACAGUGGGAACAAUCUGCCCAUGUUUUCCAACAGCCAUAUCUAAGUUGUAAUCCAAU